AUGAAGCAAUUCAAACGAAACGCCUAUAAGUUGUGCAAAAGGUUUAUGAAAAACAUAUCCCGGGAGUGGGACUCCGAUGAUGUGGUGCUUAACCUGUUAACGGCAAUCAUAUUAUAUAACCCAAAUCGACCGGACCUUAUACACAGGGAUAGUGUCAAGUAUCAACAGCUGUUAUAUCAGUAUUUACUUCAAAGAUAUUUAUUAUUGAGAUAUCGGAGUGAAUCCGAAGCACAAUAUAAAUACACAAAACUUAUGAAUACUUUACGGGAUUUGAAAAGACUUAAUAUCCGGGAACUGAAUGCCGAUAUAUUAUACUAUAAUGUAUUGAAAGAGAAGUUUGUCUGCAAUUUCGGAAAUAACUGUACGAUUGAUGUCAAGACCAGAAGAUUUUGUAUUAAGUGUCGACUCGACAAAUGCUAUGCUAUGGGAAUGAAUGAAGCUUAUAUGUUGACCGCAGAGGAGAAAAGUUACCGUAAAUUCAAUGGCAUUAGGAAUAGGAAACAAAAACCGAAAGAAUCCGAUAAUACGGUUGACUCGACCACACAAACCAAAAAGAAGCAAAAGAUUUGGAGUUUAAGCUAUACUUCUCACACAAACACUGGAGACUCAACUAUGGAUAUCGAGAACCGAUUCACUAUACAAACCAUAGUUGAAAAAUCUGGUAAUCUAUGGCUAAACUCAGUCAUACCUAUGCGGCGACCGCUAUUGGACUAUAGAAACCAAUUCAAUGAAUUAGAGUUCAAUAAACUACGGGAGCUAUUGACUGCCAAAUUGGACACCAAGACAAUAGUAAUGAUAGGUUUGGAUAUUAUGAAGCAAUUCAAACGAAACGCCUAUAAGUUGUGCAAAAGGUUUAUGAAAAACAUAUCCCGGGAGUGGGACUCCGAUGAUGUUGUGCUUAACCUGUUAACCGCAAUCAUAUUAUAUAACCCAAAUCGGCCGGACCUUAUACACAGGGAUAGUGUCAAAUAUCAACAGCAGUUGUAUCGAUAUCGGAGUGAAUCCGAAGCCCACUAUAAAUACACAAAACUUAUGAAUACAUUAAGGGAUUUGAAAGUGUUGUCACAAAUACAGAGACUUAAUAUCCGGGAACUGAAUGCCGAUAUUUUACACUACGGAGUGUUGAAAGAGUACAGUACUUUGCUGUACAAUGACAAACAUUUUUAAUAAAAAUAAUUAUUUUAAUAUAAUAUAA